AGUGACGUAUAAGAGUGUGAUGGUAGGGCUACUGACUGAACACAUUUACAAUUUUGCCUGCGCUCUAGUAUCGACGCCGACAGCAGUUGCAGUCAUCACGAUUCGUCAGAAUCCUAUUGUUUAAUCAUAUUCAUACACCUCCACCACCAUGGCUUUCCGCUUCUUUCAACGGACUACCACCAUCGCAGCUCUGUUCUCAACAGCCCUAGCACAAAUUCCAAACAUCAUACCCUUGGACCUCGGCGCCGGCUUCAACAACAAAGAAAUCCAAGUCUCCUUCUCCGCCAAAGCGGUCGAUGGUUUCGCAUCCGGCACAACCUUUGGGAAAGAUGCCGUGGCCACAGAACCAACCUUCGCCCUCGGCGACAGUAACGGCAUCUCCCCAAGCACGCGUUACACCCUCAUCAUGGUCGACACCACAUGCACCGGCGCCAGAAAGCUACACUACGCGCGCUCCAACUUCAAGUUCUCCUUCGCGGGCGGGACGAACAUCGAGACCGGUUCUCCGCCGCUUCUGGAUUACAAGGCCCCUGGUGCUCUCGGCGAGCAGGGGGACGAUCGGCAGUAUGUGUUUCUGAUGUAUACUAAUCCGCAGCGGAGAGAGUUUGCAGCAAUGCAGUUGCCGGCGGAGGGGGAGGUCUUCGACGCAAAGAAGUUCCAAAGUGAUAACGGACUGAAAGAUCCAGUUGCUGGGGUAGGCAUGGUCGUCAAGUUGGGCGGAACGGCGGAUUGUGGAGGGGAAGACGCGAACCAAGUACCCUCGGGACUGCCUACUGCUGGUCUCGGAACGAGUUCGGGGAUUGCGAGCACGACAGCUAGGUCGAGCGCGGUGAGUGCAACGGCACCUGCACAGACUUCGAGUCCAGCCGGGAGUGUGUCGGUGUCCUCAUCAACGCUUUCCGGCGGGGACGAAGAGCAGGGCGCCACGCGUACGAGCGCUGUCGAGACACCAGUCCCCGAAGCGUCUUCAACCCUGCUACAGACCGACGACAGAGACCCAACCUCAGCAGCUUCGAUUGCCACCCUCAGCAGUGUGCGAGCGACUGCAACCGGGUCUCCGACAACUAGCGGUGGACUUCCUGAGCAGACCGCCAAUGCUGCUCCCGGAAUACCGGUCGGACAUGGUGCAUUCGUAGCGCAGUUGCUGGUGGUUGCUGGCGUUCUGAUCUGGUGAGACUACCGUAUGAUGAUUUAGUGGUCUGUCAUGCGCUCUACUAUGGAUACCCUUUUUUAUCGUUACAAGUCUAAUGUACAG